AUGAGCUCGGACUGCGCGGGGUAUCAAAACACGGACAACGUGUUUGUGAGCGGGUUCACGUGCCCGAAGCCGGACAGCGACGUGCGCGCGAUUUUCUGCUGCGGGUUCAAUGAUGUCAAAUACUGCUGUGACGAUCCCAACAGCUUCUUUCCCUAUGAUUAUGGAUACAUGUGGUGGCUCAGCUUGGGAGCUCUUGUGGGCUUAUCUAUAGCAGCUGUGGUGCUUUUGGCCUUCAUCAUCACUCUCUGCGUGCUCUGCUACCUGUUUAUAGCCACUAAACCGCGAGGCUUGGACAACGGACUGCCACUACGAGCACCAGGUUCUGGAUCUGGUCCUCAGGAGGGUCCGAGUCAGCCCAGCACGUCUACAGGACCGCAUGGUUUCCGCAAGCAUUUCCUAAGAGGAAAACUAGACUGUGACAAUCAGCCUCCGGAUCCGGACCGCCUGUUCCAGCGCUGCUUCAUGGCCACAGUGACCACCGUUAAUGUGGAGGGCCCAUCAUGA